ACCUGUGGAUUUUAAAUUGGCCGGCAUUGACCAGUCCUGACCAAGGGUCAAAAGGUCAAAUGAGGUCAGAUUGGCUCAGAACAAACAAGUCUUUAACUACUGAAGACGAACUGUUCAUGUUCCACUGUUUAUUGAUAAAAGACUGAACGAAGAUAUGGUGAAAAAAUUUCCCACUGAGAUUUCAGAAACAUGCAGACAUAAAGUGAGAAGUCCCUUGGACUUACAAUUUGGAUUUUCGUACAUGCACUUUCUUAUGGAAGGAAACAAUCAAUCACACAGAUUUGAUCCCAGAAUCAAGAGUUCAACCGGUGCAUUUGUGACGAUAACUAUAAACGAAUCGAAAACGCUCAAAGAUUUAAAUUUUCUGCAGAAACUUAAAAGUAAAUUCAAUUGUAUAAAUGACGAUAUAGACUACAGUAAGCCGGUUGCAGCUGAACGAACGAUAACUUUACUUCAAGAAUUUUAUGAGUCGAUGUUUCCAAACCCUUCUUCAUUUGAAAAUAACAGCUGACAAAAGAAAGAGAUUAACUCUCUUUAUUCACACUUUGACAAACAAAGCUAUUUGUGCAAUUUGUGUAAUGACUGACCCCUUAUCAAGUCAAACAUUUCGUUCAAAGACGCCAUCCGACAUGAAAACACUGCCCAUUAAAAUAGAAAAUACUGCAACUUUCAUAAACAAAUAAUCUGAUCAAGUAUAAAACUGUGUUGACUACAAACGGAAACGUAACAUUUUUAUACGUUGCCAACUUCGUAGUUUUUUUUGUGAUGCAAUGUUUGUCGGCAGAACAGCAUUCUGAUAUCUGUAACAAUAAACUAAUUGAUUUCAUUUGAUGCUACAAUAAUAUGAUGGAUGGACAUGAUCAAAUUACUUUUUUAAUUACUUUUUAAUUAUAUAUAUUUUCAUAGUAAUACCGCAUUUAUAUUUUACUUGUAUUUGUACGUUUUAACCGGACACAACUUUAAGCAAUCAGUUUGUCAGGCAGCAUAUAAGAUUUCCAUUUUUCCAUUUUCAAAAGCGAUCUAUAUGUCGUGAAAGACACGAAUAUUAUAUUCUCCUUUCUUUGUAUGGAUAUUUUCCCGCCUUAAUUUCAGGGUUUUGUAUAAUCUUUGCUCCAAAUCACGAUUUAUUCUUGAAUAUUGUUCCCGCCUAAAUUAUGGUUACAUAAAAUGUCUUUUAACUAAAUUGUAACUCCUUAUUUCAUGUUUUUCAUGUUGGCACCAAAACUAAUGUCACGUGAUUUUCCUGUAUAUAAGUAAGAUAAUUUGGUUGUUCAGGGCUCGAUAUUGUAUGAAAACUUAAAGCCUGUGACUAAAGGAAUUAUUUGUGGAAUUAUUUGGAAAUGAAAAGUAAUGUGGAUAUUUAAAAGUGGUGAAAAUUCUUUGGUUAUUAAAAUUGGAUUUAAACUGAAAUUGUGAUUGUGUUUUCACUAAAAUUAUUCCAAUGUGGUUAAAAUCGCCACACUAUAUAUAAGUAGCAAGUUAAUAUAAUAUUAAGAAACUGAAACUGUUUCAUUUGAUUAAACGCCUAUUUUUACGCAAAACAUAUUCAGUGGCGUUUUACAAAUACAUAAAAAUACGACAAAAAUUAAGAUAUUUAAUGACAUAUAACAUAAAUGAGCAUACAUACCAUUGUAAAUAAACUAUUUAGUAAACAUUAAAAAAAAAGAUCAGACAUCAGAUAAGAUUAAUAAAAUAUUAGAAUAUUAAGAUACAGUAAGACAGCUGUUUGUUAUUAAGUAAGAAUAAGUGGGUAUUAAGGAAAGGAUAAAAAUGAAAGACAUGUCUUGUAGAAUUCUUUUCCUUAAGAUGACACUAGGUUUGUAUUUAUAAGAUUACUGGAGAGCUUUAUAUUAUUCUCGUAGUGGAACUGGUCAUAUAGCAUUCUCUGUAUAUCAGAAAAUUAUAGCGACAAAUAAAAAACGAAUAGCAUUUAGUUUUAAAGAAUAAAGUAAUUAAGAAAAAAGUAGAGUGGUAGAGGGGAAUACUAUCUCGAAAACAAAAGCAAUGUCUCACAAAAUUUCUUACUCCCGAACUUGCAUGAAUAUUAUAGUGUUUUCCUGGGCGCAAAGGAAAUUAUUUCCAAAGAGCACUGUGUUGAAGUAAUAAUUGUGUAGAUUAAGUAUUUGCAACCGUCCAAAACCGUUUUUAACCGAUCUAGAUGAAGUAAAACGACGUUUGUUUAAUUCUGGACUGUUUAAUGUAUAUACAUGUAUUUAGUAAAUGUAUGCUUUAACUGCUUUUAAUGAUGAUUUUGCUCAGUCCCAAUUUUCUUACAGUUACAUGCUGUAGUAUGUGUAAAAUAAAGAUUCUUUCCAGAAAUUAUAUAUUCAGGCAUGUUUUUCAUGUACUUACAUUAUAAAGAACAUAUUUUUGAACUUGUGGUCAGAUAUUUUACGCACGGAAAUUAAACAGGACCAUAAAAACAUGUAAUUCAACAAACAAUAAUGGAAGUUGAAAUCACAAUAGUGAAAAUAUGCUAAAAUGUCAACUUCAGCCAUUUGGGAAUUGACUUUCACCAUUGAAAAUUGAUUUGACAUAAAUGGUACAAUGUAUGUGGUUCAGGAAUAAAAUAAAAACUCAGUGGACACAUUUGUAGCUGUCGUAUUUGCUGGAAAACGAGUCAAGCGUUUGACGAUGGAGUUAUACCACAUGUCCCUCUCCGGGCAUUAUUUUACAUGCAAGAAUUCUACAUUCAAAAUAGGUUCCGAACCAAGAGAAAGUUAUUAUUAAGACCCUGAAUGGAUUAGCGUGUAAAGCGCAAUAAAACAAACAAGAAAUCAAGUUGCGAUAUCUAUUAUCGUUAUGUUCAAGAAUGUUUUGUUGGUCUCUCUUACUUUUGUUAUUUCAUGAUAUUUUAACUAAUUUGAGCUUUAAUUUUUUUCAGCAGUUGGCCUAUUUUAUAAUUAUUUCAUUAUAAUUGCAUGAAGUUAAGAUAUCACAUUAAGUUUAUACAAAAGUGCUAUAUUACAUGUACGCAGCUCAUUUCUGCUUUUAAGCAAACCGCCUAAUGAUGUUUUUGAGACGAGAAACAUGUAUACAUGUAUAUGCCAAUGAAUAUUUUGACUAGACUUGAUUUUAUUUUAACUAAUUUAUCAAUAAAUGUUUUAAGAAGAAUUGUAAAGAAAAAGAUUUAUUGUGCUCGGCUUUAUAUUAAAUUACAUUGAAGUGUUUAUAUAUGGUAUAUAACCGCAAUUCUCCGUUUGCCAAGACUGUAUUUACCUUAUGUAGCUUCGAUCUGUUAAAAAUACUUUAUAUGAUACGAAAGAAUUGUCUGAAACGUUAAGUUUGCUAGAAAGCUUAAAUUAUAUAAUGAAUAUAAAAUCUCUAUUUUGAACCGCUACACCGUUAUAAAUUUUAUUUACCAACCAUGACUUUGAUAAUUCUUACAUACAACGUUAUUGAAGAAUUUUAUCAUACGAAAUGUAUCUAUAUUUUGAACUUUCUUUUAUCAUUAACAGAUCCUCAUAUAUAACCUGUCUCAGGGACAGAUGCUAACGUCACAGCAAGUUAUAUAUAUAUAUAUUUUGUUACCAUCUGCUUUCACAACCUUCAUAUGUUUAUAAAAUGACAGCUUGAUCUCAAAUUUACAAGCAAGAAAGGGUACUUUAAAAUAAUUAUAUCUUAACUAUUUCGAUAAAGCUAGCUCUAUAUUAUGCCGCUUUUAACAUUCAGUCAAUACAAAAAAUGUCUACGACUUUCACCUAAAUUUUAACAGCAUUCAUAUUCACUUCUUCAAAGGCGAGUAAAAUAACACAUAUAGGCAAAAAUAAAGUGAAUAAACUUCUGAGCAAAACAAAAAACAAAAAAAUAAAAA